AUGGAUGAACAAGAACAAGAGAGCGCCCGAGUUAGAGCUGAACUAGAAGAAAUCAAAGGAGGCGUGUCCCAGAUGCGAGAGAUGCUGCAAGCUUUAACCUUCAGGUUUGAGAUUCCACAAGCGACCGUGAUUUCAGAGACCACGGGCCCAGCAGUAGAAGUCCCACCUCAGAGGACGUUACCCUCAACCCUUCCUCCAUAUGGGCUACCUUAUGACUUCGUCCCCCGAGCGGAGGUGGUGCACGAAAUGGGGCAAUCUGUCCAACAAGCUGUGCCAUUACCGGUUUACACUGACGCACGUCCAGUCAUCCAUACUGUGGUUCCACCAGCUGCCUAUGCUAGGCAUAUUCCUCAUUAUGAAGAUCAAAACCACAUGUAUCAGACUGUUGACUCAAUUGUUGCUGGUGACGAAGUAAGGUUUGAGGACUUCAGGGAGGUAAAGGAGAACAUGCAGCUCCUUGAGAAGAAGUUUCGAGAUCUAGAAGGAGACCACUUCUUUGGAUCUGCUGCCAAAGAAAUGUGCCUGGUGUCCGGGUUGGUGAUUCUAGCCAAAUUCAAAACUCCAGAUUUUGACAAAUACAAGGGGCAUACUUGUCCAAAGAGCCAUCUCAUCAUGUAUUACCGAAAAAUGGCUGCACACAUGGAGGACGAAAAGCUGAUGAUCCACUGCUUUCAAGACAACUUGAGUGGGGCUCCUUCCAAAUGGUACCUAAGUUUGGAUCAGAACAGGAUCAGAUGGAGGGAACUGGCUUCUCAGGUUAAACCACCUCUUGCUGAGAAGGAAUUGGCUGAACUAUUUAUCGACACUGUCCAACCCCAGUUCUACGAGAAGAUGGUUGGAAGUGCUUCUUUGGGAUUCUCCGAGCUUGUUGCUAUGGGAGCUCGUGUUGAAUAUGGUGUAAGGAAUGGAAAACUGGCGGUUGUAGCUGGAACUUCAAAUGCUAAUCCAAAGAAGUUCUCUGGAGGGUUUCCUAGAAAGAAGGAAGGGGAAACAAAUGCUGUGACUGCUGGCCAAGGAAGAGCUCCUCCAAGAAGGAGACCACAACAAUAUCCACCUCAGCAAUAUGUAGCUGUUGUGACGCCUGCGUUCAAUCAACAGCCUGCUCAGGCUUAUCAAGCGCCUCCAGUCUAUCGACCAGCUCCAGUUCAACAACGUGUUGCGGCUCCGCCAGCUUAUCAACAAGCACCAACAACUCCUGUUUAUCAACAACCGAGAGCUCAAGCGCCGAGGCAGAAUGCUCAAAACCAAAAUAAGAGGCAAGGGGAGAAGGUGACCUUCAAUCCAAUUCCAAUGUCGUACACUGAGUUGUAUCCCUCCCUAUUGCAAAAGGGGUUGGUGGUUCCCAGACCUAUGGGACCUCCACCUGACCGUCUUCCUCCAUGGUACAACCCUAAUGCACACUGUCCUUUUCAUGAAGGGGGCCCCGGGCAUGACCUAGAGGGUUGUUACGCUCUAAAGCAUAGGGUUCGGGAAUUGAUUGAGAGCAAGAUCUUGUCUUUUAAGGACAUGGGGCCGAAUGUGAAGAACAAUCCUCUUCCUCCCCAUGGAGAUCCCGCGGUAAAUGCCAUUGAAGAUGCCUUUGCUGGUGUUACGGUUGAUAAGGUGGAUGAUGUGAAGACUCCUUUGGUGGCAUUCCAUGCCCGAUUGGUGGAAGCUGGCCUGAUUAAUGUAAAUCAUGAAAAUUGUGAAGAGUGUGCCACACAUCCAAAAGGGUUUCAGAUGGUGCGAGACAAUAUUCAAGGCUUGAUGGAUGAAGGAAUGCUUCAAAUAUCCAGUGCUGUGAAGAACGAGGAUGUGUUGGUGAUUGAACCUUGUUUCAAUUUACCUGAACCAGUCGAAAUCCCAUAUUAUAGUGGUGGAGUGGUCCCGGUGAACAGUAAGCCAUCGCCUUUCGAGAUAUGUAUGCCCACGCCUUUUCCCUACGAGAGCACCAAGGUUGUGCCUUGGAAAUAUGAGAUUACUGUUGUGGAUAAGGUUGUUGAAGGAAGUUCAGACGCUGAGGUGACAGAAGCUAAUGAGGAAGGAACGAAAAGAUUAAACUUACAAUAUGAAUGUCUAAUGGCGGCAAGACAAGAGCCGGAGAAAAAAAUAAACGGAGUGGAAGACGUCACAAAUAUUGCAGGAAUGAGCAGAAUGACCCGUAGUGGUCGAAUCUAUACGCCUGAAUUCAAUGUGACUCCUCAAGGGCCAAAUAAGGAAUCAACGGUUGCAACUCCCACUAAAGAACCCGAAGUGGUCCAAUCCGAAGAUGCUGUUGAAUUCUUGAAGUUGAUCAAGAAAAGUGACUACAAGGUUGUGGACCAGUUGCAUCAAACACCGUCUAAGAUCUCUAUUUUAUCUUUGUUAUUGAACUCCCAAGCCCAUAGGGAGGCUUUGUUGAAGGUGCUUGCUCAAGCUCAUGUAACGCAAAGCAUAACAUUUGACCAAUUUGAUGGAGUAGUUGCAAACAUCACAGCUUGUAAUACUUUGAGCUUCAGUGGAGAAGAAUUACCUGAGGAUGGACAAAAUCACAACCGUGCUCUCCAUAUCUCGGUGAAAUGCAAAGAUGAUACUUUGGCAAGAGUGUUGGUCGAUACCGGAUCUUCUCUGAAUGUUAUGCCAAAGAGAACACUCACCAAGUUAUCCUAUCAAGGACCAGCUAUGAAGCCUAGUGCCUUGAUUUGCAAACUAUGGAAUGGUCUCGCCCCACACAACAAGGCCCUUUAUGAGAUUGCUAUGAGAGACCUUUUCAAGGAUAGGAGAAAUUCUAAGCAGCUAGAGGAUGAUGGCUUGGCUCCACGUAAUCCUUCUUCAGGUCUACCUUUUCAGAAUGCUGUUCAGUCGCCUGACACUAGCAAUGAGAACUACUACCCGCCGUGA